GAAACCGAACGGGGUGGUAGAGUGGUUUCCGUACGUCUGUGUUCUUCGAUUAUUUUAUUUUUCUAUUUUUACAUGGUCGCUUAUAGUACACGGUAGCUGAGCCAGCCAGUGAAACCGAUCGCCGCUGUAUUUAUUGUGAUUUAUUGUUUUUAACGCGCUCUCGCAUUUAGACUGUUUUAUUGGAAAAUCACGUUCAAUUAGCGCGCUUGUGAAGAAUUUCGGGGUUUUGGAAGAUCUCAGUUUCGAGCUAAGGGAUGUGUGUAUCGAAAACAAAGGAGCGCCAAACGGAUGGCGUAUUACUAUCCAAGUCGGAAGGUGAAAUUUCGUUUUAUUAACAGUGAGCAGCUUAGUGUUAUUACGCGUGAAAGUUGGCUGUGAUCGCAAAUUUCAUUGGAAAGCCGAUAGGUGAAAGAGAAGUGCUGUUCGAAACGUUCGCAAAUGUGUGGGUUUUUUUAUUCGCUUGCUUGCCGGGCAGUGCAAAGUGUUAAGUAGCGUUAUGUUUGAAUAAAAUAGUCAACAGAGAACUCAAGCGAGGCGCAGUGGUUAGUUGUCCGCUAAUACAGUGCUGAGAAUAUUAUCCAAUAGUUUCGUCAUCUGCGUUCAUUGAGCAAAUAAAGAAUGCGCAAAGCAUCGGUCGUGCGUGCAUAUAAAUAGCAGGAAGAACAAAAAGCGCAUUUUUAGAACGCAAAACAUUCCGCCAACACUUGGGCUAUUCUCGUCACCAGAACCGGCAUCAAGGUUGAAACUGAACUGAUAACAGCUAGAUCAGCGUCUACAAUCGCCAAUAUGCAGCACCGUCUCAACGCAGAAUAAACAAGGAGUUCAAAAGUGAAUCUAAUCGUGCAUAACGUUCACAACCACUGUGAGACUGACUUUCUGUUAUCACAACGCUCACAACCAACGAAAGAGGAAGUUCAGCUUUGAGCACUCCAAACGCAGUAAUUGAAAAAUUGCAGCACUUCAAGUACACAUCAGUCGUCACAGCGCGCAACUGAUAGCGCUGCUCACCCAUACCACUGGACACUCCUCCGUUCCGUCAUCAGCUUCCUGCACUUCACUUUCGCUCGGAGCUCUCAAUUCCUAGCAAGUCGUCAGCGGAGCAUUACUCCGCGCGUUGUCAGUGCAUGCUGAUCAGCCGGAUCGCGUCGACAAGAUCGGAUCGGUUAUGAAACAACGGUAGCGAUCGAUUCCAGGCGAAGAUAACGGUUUCAAGUGCAGAGAGAGAGAUGAUUUACGUCGUCGUCUAGUCGAUGUUAUUAGUUUUUGCGUGUUAGAAAAAAAUUAUCAGUGAAAAAGCAUAUCGUACCACCUUCGUGCUGCCACGAGUAGACGAGAAAUCUUUAUGAAUGGAAUUGUGUAACAUUCAAGGGUCACUGAAAGCGGAAUAAAGUGGUGGAAUGUUGUUACACGAGAGGGAAACAGCUGCAAGUGUGACUCAAUUGGAUCUCUAAGGAAACAAAUAUUACACAUAUAGCAUUAUUUAUUUACAACAAGUUGUAAUACGUGAGCAGGUUGCUUGCAUACGCGAAUGCCAAUUUAAACACAAAGUAUUCUCCAGCAGCAGCAGCAGCGCUGUGUUUCUCUUAGAGUGUAGUUGUAUAAAUAUUUAUAUACAAAUCGGUUAACCGAGAGUGUGGGUUUUUGCACGGUUCAAUUGCAUCGAAUUAAGGCAAAAUGAAACUGCCACGACUGGUUCUAGAUGUAAGGACGCUAGGAUUAGGUGUUCUUCUGUGCUCGAUUCUGGUGACUGCUCAAUUGGAUAAAGUGGUGAUCGAUGAUGACCUGGAGGGACCGAAUGUGUGCAAGGAGGUCGAGCAGUUUCAACUGUUCGUAACGGCCCCGCGGGAGGUGACCUACCAGGAAAGGUAUCAAAAGUGGUGCGUUGCGGUGCCUCCUCGGUGUUCGGCUUACCGGGUGAAAACCAAGAUUGUGAACGAUACCACCAGCGUGACAAAGGAGCGGAUACUCAAAAAGUGCUGCGUUGGAUACGAGAAGAAUAAGGCUGGCGACCGCUGCGUUCCGUCGUGUAGCGAAGGCUGUAAGCACGGUGAAUGUAUUGCCCCCGAGACGUGUCGCUGUGAUCAAGGAUACGUGGGCAAGACAUGCAAUAUAAAUUGCCCACCAAACCGCUGGGGUUCGGAUUGCGGCCAGAAGUGUCAGUGUCGAAAUAAUUCCACCUGUAACGCCCAGGAUGGAAGCUGCAGCUGCCCGAGGGGUUACCAGGGCGAUCACUGCCAGUUCCAGUGUCCAUCGGAUCGAUUUGGGCAGGGCUGUGAGGAGCUGUGCCAGUGUUUGAACGGGGGCAAGUGUGAUCCCGUCUCGGGUGAAUGCUACUGUGCGCCUGGUUUCACUGGACCGCUUUGCGCCCAGAAGUGUCCGGAGGGCAAGCAUGGGGAGCAGUGUCGAUCGGACUGUCGCUGUCAGAACGGUGGAAGCUGCGAUCCUCAGACGGGUGAGUGUGUUUGUCCGCCCGGUUAUACCGGAUCGGUGUGUGCUAAUCGUUGCCAGGGCCAGAGAUACGGUCGGCAGUGUGCGGAAAAGUGUGAAUGCUUUAACGGAGCCGAUUGCAACCACGUGACGGGCGAAUGCAUCUGUGCGCCCGGGUUUAUGGGAGCCAAGUGUUUGGAUUCGUGUCCGAACAACAACUACGGCAUCAAUUGCACCGAAACGUGUCGCUGUCGGAAUGGGGCAGAGUGUGACUCGGCCACUGGGAAGUGCUCCUGUGCCGCUGGUUGGUCGGGGGCCGAUUGCGGGAAGCGAAACUGUCCGGACGAUAGAUUCGGGGAGAAUUGUGUCGGCCAGUGCGAAUGUAACACAAAUAACACGAAAAUGUGUCAUCCGUGGACUGGAAAAUGUUUGUGCAAACCUGGUUGGAGCAGUACUUCCUGCGAUAGACCGUGCCCAUUUCUGCGAUAUGGACAGGACUGUCUGAUCCACUGCAACUGUAAAAAUAAUUCACCGUGCAGUCAUAUCGAUGGAACGUGCAAUUGUAUUGCCGGGUUCAAGGGGGACAACUGCGAGGAACAGUGCAGUAAUGGAUCGUAUGGCCAGAAUUGCAGCCAAAGCUGCGAAUGCAUGAAUGGAGCUUCCUGUUCGCCGGAAAGCGGUCAGUGCUUCUGUGCCCCUGGAUGGCAGGGUAUUCGCUGUGACAGACCUUGCGAUACCAAUCACUAUGGAAAAGAUUGCACCGAACGGUGCGAUUGUGCGAAUGGUGGAGUUUGCAAUCCGGUCAAUGGUCAGUGUACGUGUCCGGCCGGGUGGACCGGAGAGCGGUGCGAGCGGAAAUGUGAUUCAGGUCGGUUUGGGCAGAAUUGUUCGCAAAGCUGCGAUUGCCAUCUGGAGAAUACUUUGGCCUGCAAUGCGACCACUGGAAAAUGUAUUUGCAAGGCAGAUUGGGGUGGUGUUCGCUGCGAGAGCCGCUGUCCGUUGGGUUACUACGGUGAAUCCUGCAACGAAAUCUGCACCUGUCACAAUAAUUCGUCCUGCGAUCCGAUAAGCGGGGAUUGCAUCUGCUCGCGCGGUUGGACAGGCCCCUCGUGCAACGAACCUUGUGAGGAAGGUUUCUUCGGCCAUGGAUGUAAGGAGCGUUGUCCGGAUUCCACUUAUGGAAACACUACCUGUGAUCACAUUACCGGCAAGUACAGCUGUCAACCGGGAUACAUCGGUACAACCUGUGAGCAUCCAUGUCCUUCGGGAACCUAUGGUCCGGAAUGUCGUCUCAAGUGUACAUGUCGAAAUGGAGGCGAGUGUUCCCACGAAACUGGGAUGUGUCAGUGCCCACCCGGCUGGACCGGAGCCAACUGUGAAGAGGUUUGUCCGAAUGGGUUCUAUGGGCCCAACUGCAGCCAGAAGUGUAACUGCAAAAAUAACGCCAAAUGUCGCAAAAAUGACGGUCAGUGUAUUUGCGAUCCAGGCUGGAUGGGAAAUCGGUGCGACGAAGUUUGCCCGGAGGGAUUCUACGGGAACCAUUGUAUGGAAUCGUGCGACUGCCCGCCUGGAAACUUUGUGUGUCACGCAGCCAGAGGAUGCGUGUGCAGUUUGGGAUACUAUGGCGACAAAUGCGACAAGUCUCGGGCGGAAGCGAAAGUGUACGAAUCGGAAAAUUCGUCCAACGCCGGCCUUGCCUGGGGCCUGGUGCUGGCGGUAGUCUUCGUGGGCGUUAUCGUGGCACUUGUGCUAUACUACCGUAGACGCGUUGCAAACCUAAAGGCCGAAGUGAGCCACGUUGUCAAUUAUUUCACCGAAGAGCAGCCCGGACAUUUCGACAAUCCUGUCUACUCGGCAUACCAGGGACAGCCACCAACCAACGUGACAGCAACUGGUACCGUUGAUCGCAAUGGAACCCACAGCAACGGAGGACUGCUGGCGAAUGGUUCACUUAUAAGGAACAAUUUGCGAAAUCCAAAGUCGAACCUCGAUAAGUAUCGCUAUCCGGAGAAUGAAUCAGUUGGAACUGAUCGAUCUUAUUCCAUCCAAUACCUUUCGGAGAGCAAGAAAAACUUCGAUGCCGAUAUGACCAACCCAAAUUACAACGGUUUCGAUGAAAAGGAUCAUGUUUACGAUGAAAUCAAACACAAAGAUGGCUACAAAGAUCUCGAUGCUGAAUACGAUCACUUGGAUUACUCUCGACCGGGCAGUUCCCACAAAACACACUACUUCCGGAUGAACAAUCCACUAACCAACUCACCGAAGGAGAUAAACGUUCUCCGCGAAAACGGAACCAUCAAUAAUCUAUCCUCGCCGGGUCUGAGCAGCCGUAAGCCGUUGGUUUCCUCGCUGGGUGUACCAACUUCGCCCGAUGGUGGCUCGGGAGCCGAUUGUGGGUCAUCCUCGUCCAACUCAUCACCCACACCACCACCGUUCCGUACCGUUGGCACUGGCGGCGGCGGCGGUGGCGGUACCGAUAGCAGUAAUUUGUACGUGAAGAUGAGUUCGGAGCGAUCGUCACCGGCGGGAAGUGACCACGAGUGUAACAUCGUAAGUAGUAAGAUCCCCGAGCAUCAGCUCAAUAUCAAGUAAGGCGCAAGGAGGAUCCUCUUUUUUCUCUAAGCAAUCAAGCAAACUCUAACUGAAAUACAUUAGUCAUGAAAGUUUAUGAUAGGUUCCAUUCGUUGCUAAUGGUAGGAAAUAUUUCAAGUUUUUAAACGGUUAAGAUUGUGAUACAAAGUUUAGAUGUUUCGCACGUCUGCUAGCCUGUAAGUAAGCUCUAAAAUUGAAUUGUAGUCCGCUUCACUUCAUGAAGCCCGCAUCUCUCGAAUCAUCGAAAGACUGCUUAAAAACAAGAGUGUGUGUGAAACGAGACACAAGAUACAGCAAUCAUUUCACGGAGGGAAGCAGCACUCACAGUUUCCAUUAUUUUGCAUUAUGCCCAGAAAAAAUAUAUUACAAAGCGUGCCAAAAAUCACUUCGUGAUAUACGUACUUUCGCUUUUUUGAGUGUUGGAUAUUGAUAGAUAAUACGUAAACAUAUUUACAACCGAGACCCAAACCGGAAAUUGGAAUGAGAUUUUUGGGAACUAGUUCAAAAUUAUUUUUUAUCGAUUGUUGAGAAGGCGGGAAAAUGUAAUCAAUUAUAGUGAAAACAAAAACAAAUCUCUCCCCCUAUCUAAAGUUUAAAGAGUUUCUAUAUAUUUGUAGAGUAUAUUAUGGUAAACAAAGUAUUUAUAGAUAUUUGGAACUGCGUAAAAUUAUAAUGAAAAGAAAAGCAAUUCAUCAGAUUUCAGAGGUGUAAUUGUGUCAAUUGUGAGCGUAA